AUGGAGAGCUCCCUGGACGAUGCCAAAGACUUCAGCAAGACCCAAGUCGACACCCUGGCUGUACCUGACAUCCAUAUAGGCCAGGUGAUAGUGCAGGAUGCAUCGCUUCAUGGACAGUAUGGCUUCCCUGGAGACGAUGUCGAGUCGGCCCUGCGGCAGUACGCACCCAACACCGAACUGGAGAAGAAGACGCUGCGCAAGGUCGAUUUGUCUCUGAUCCCAAUGCUCUGGCUGAUGUGCGUGAUGGCUUAUGUGGAUCGUAACAAUAUUGGAAAUGCGAAUGCUGCUGGCAUGAGUGAGGACAUUGGACUUUCCGACAACCAAUAUGCCCUACUGAUCUCCAUCUUCUUCAUCGGAUAUCUCGUCUGGGAAGUGCCAUCAAACAUGAUCCUAGCCCGCGUCCGCCCGUCGUGGUACAUAUCUGGACUGAUGGCCGCAUGGGGCGCGGUAUGUUGCGCAAUGUCAAAAGUCAGGAACAGCCGCGACAUCCUCGUGUGUCGUUUUUUCCUCGGCGUCAUAGAGGCGGGCUUUUUCCCGGGCGUUCUUUAUAUCAUGUCUUGCUGGUAUAAGCGCAAUGAGAUUGGAAAGCGAUUCAGCUUGUUUUACACAGCCAUCUGCUUUGCAGGUGCCGCGGCUGGUCUCAUCGCAGGCGCCGUCAUCUCGGGACUGGAGGGCACCCGAGGCAUGGCUGGUUGGAGAUGGCUGUUUCUCAUCGAGGGCCUCGUCACCAUCGGAGUAGCGAUCGUGGCCAAAUUCAUCCUGAUUGACUACCCCCAUAUUCCCACCAAGCGCCUGACGUCGCAAGAACGGGCCCUUUGCAUCGCCCGCAUCAUGCACGACAAGCAGGAGUCGGAAGUCGGAAGAAAAAAACUGACCGUCUGGCAAAGCUUCAAGGCCGCGGUGGUGGAUCUGCGCAUGUAUCUUUUCAUCGCCGUCUACAUUACGCAGAACAGCUCGACCAGCAUCUCGUACUUUUUCCCCACCGUGUUGAAGAGCAUGGGCUACACAGGCACUUCGGCACAGUGGAUGACCGUGCCCAUCUGGGCGACCGGCACGGCCGUCCUCAUCGUCCUGCCUCUGACGUCUGACCGGUAUGUGGAACGACGCUGGCACAUUGUAGGCGGGCUCACUGUGGCCUGGAUCAGUGCCGUGGUGGGUCUCACGUUGACCGGCCACGACAAAGUCCGCUACGCCUUUAUGUGCUUGUAUAUCGGCGGCCUCUACCCCACGGCGCCCCUGAUCCUGAGUUGGGCCUCAGAGACUCUCUCUCUGCCGGCCGAGAAGCGGGCGGUGGCCAUUGCCAUCACCAACAGUGUUGGAGCCAGCUCAGCAAUCUACGCCAGUUACUUCUGGCCCAAGUCCGACGCGCCGCGGUACACCACGGGCUUUGCUUGUGUGACGGCCUUCAUUGGAACCUCGUUGAUCUUGACAGCAUUGUUUCCCGUCAUAGCUCGCAUCCUCCCCAAGUAUACCACCAAGGCCGAGCGCGAGUUGGAGAUCGAACAUGACCGCUGA